UGUGCUCAUUUUUAGAUAUUAGCUUGUGUUUUUUUCUUUUGAUUAUAUUGGUGGAAGAUAUCUUUCUAGUUCUCUAUUUUUUCUUAAUUCACUAGUUCUGUAUUAGAGACAAAGUAAAUGCUACGAGCUUAACACAAAGUUUUGAUUUCUAUAUAUUGUACUGGUAAAUAAUCUAUUGGAUCCAGUAAUUCUUCGAUCUUCUCAUGCUUUCACGGAAAAGACCUCUGAUUCCAAGCUCUCUUUUGUUUUUGGUAAAACCAAUUCCCAUGCACAUUCCGUGGAACGGCUAUCUCGAUAUAUCCAAUUCCUCAUUCAAAUCCGACAUUAAAAGAGAAAUCCCAUCCCUGAAUCACAGGAUCAAACACUUGGCUAAGAAUGGAUUCUUUGACAAAGCUCGUGAUCUCUACCAACAUCUUCGUGUUUCCGACACAAAGCCCGACCGCUUCACAUUCACUUACGUGCUCAAGUCCUGCGUCGGCAUAUCAGCCAUGGCCGAAGGCAUGUCUAUCCAUUCACACAUCAUAAAAUGUGGCUUCGAACACAACCUCUUUGUCAUGAAUUCUACUAUAGAAAUGUACUCUAGAUUCGGCUCUGUAGCCUCUGCUCGUCGGGUUUUCAACGAAAUGCCCCAGAGAAAUUUGGUUUCGUGGAAUUUGAUGAUUUCUGGUUAUGGGACAAAUGGUUAUCCUGAAGCAGCAAUGGAGCUCUGUAGCUCAAUGAAGCAUCAUGGAAUGGCUUUAGAUAAAGUGGGCUUAAUGAUUGUUCUACCAAUCUGCGGCCAUGUUAAAGCUUUCAGGCUAGGCAAAUCCAUUCAUGCCCAUGUGGUUAUGUUGGGUUUGUCUCGGGAGACAGCUAUAUUAACUGCAGUCUUGGACAUGUAUGCAAAAUGUGGAGAAUUGGAUACCGCAGAGCAGAUCUUUGAUGAGAUUUCAAACAAGGAUGUGGUGAGUUGGAAUGCGAUGAUUACCGGGUAUUCACAAAUCGGAAAACCCAGACUGGUGCUUCAGCUCUUCAAGAGGAUGUUAUCUGAAGGCUGCAAGCCCAGCAUUCCUACCAUGCUGCUUUCACUUCAAGCAGGCACUCACUUAUCAUUUCUUCAUAUGGGGAAGACUAUCCAUGGCUAUAUUAUAAGGCUUGGUUUCGGUUCGGAUGUUUCUGUAAAAGGCCUUCUCAUAGACAUGUACUCCAAAUGUGGAGAACUGAGUUCUGCUUGUUGCGUCUUCAGUGAAAUAUCUGAAGGGAAUAUUUGUUCAUGGAGUUGCAUGAUUAAUGGCCUUGGUAUGCAUGGAUAUGGGAAGGAGGCUCUAAUGGCUUUCUUUGGAAUGCUGAAGAGAGGCAUUGUUCCUGAUGACAUCUGCUUUCUUCUGGUCUUAGCUUCCUGCAGCCAUUGUGGCUUGAUUACGCAAGGGCGAAAGAUGUUUUAUUACAUGGUAACGCAGUUUGGUGUUCAACUGAAAAUGGAGCAUUAUGCCAGCAUGGUCGAUCUUAUUGGACGGGCAGGAUGCAUUGAUGAAGCGUUUAAGUUUAUACGCGAGAUGCCAAUGGAAGCAGACUGCAGUGUGGUGGGGGCUCUACUCGGAGCUUGUAGAAUUCAUGGGCACUUGGAGAUGGGGAAGGUGUUUGAGGAGUGCUUGGAGGGAUCAGGAUGGACAGCUGCAGGAUUUUACAAGCUUUUGUUGAGCAUUUACGCAGGUGACGACCGUUGGGAUGAGGUGAUGAAGAUCAGAAGUGUGAUGGAGGAAAAAAAAGUAAAAGGUAUAUCUGGAUGUAGUUUAAUUUAAUUGAACAGAUAGGUUCAUGCUGAAGAUGCUAUAUCAAGAUGCAGAAUUCCUUGCGAACACAAAACAUGAGCAUUGAAGUUAUGGCACUGGCUGACUAUAACAAUUACACCUCCUUGCUUGAUGGUAGAAGUCAUUAUGGUAACAUAUCAGAACCAAGAGGUCCCUAGCAGACUCCAAUGCAGGCUUUGCUAUUAUUGGUAUCCUCAUUUUGAGAUGCCUCCUUAAAAAGGUGUAGAGAUUGAAUUGUGGAUGAGCACUUGAUCUGAGAUGAUCGAUCGACCUUCUUUAUUCAUGCGUAUAAAGAGUAGAAUAAGAGAUCGACACCAGAGUGCAGUGGAACUUUACAUUGCUUUGGUGUAAGAAAUUAUAUUCCAAGGCACUUUUAUAGAGGAAUAAGGAUCUCGGAGAACAGAAAUGGUUGAGCACUCUUACCUCCUUUUCGUGGGCGGGUUAUAAUAACUCCUUGGCAGCUUGGCGAUCAGCAAAAUUAUUGUUUUUAACCAACAUGGCCAUUGCUUCACACAGCCAUCAGAAUGCAAGGAAAACAAGAAAUGGUGUUUUGGCGGAAACUGAAGCUUAUUAUCUGGAAUAUGGGACACUGAAUUCCAUAUUCUUUUUGCAAGGAAUACAGGUGUGGAUGCAAAUCUGCUGGUGACCAAGGGUAAGAAGUCGAAGCAUGCGAGUCACAACUACUGACAGCAUGUCUAACAUGAAGUUGGUGCUCCAUUGAAUUACUUCUCUCCAGAGGACCAUCUAUCAUUGAGUUUUUAGAAACAAAAUCCGUGGGAGGUUGAAU